CAGGCCGCACCGGCCCCUGGUCUCCUUCUGAGGUCCGCGCCAUUUCCGCUACUCUCGGCCAAGCGGGCCCCCAGGGCUCGUCCAGCCGCUGGGCCGCGCGGAGCUGACCGCCUGGCGGGAUGCGGCCGCCCCCGGGGACGUGCUGGCUGCUCUUCUGGCUGCCGCCGGUGGCCGUGCUGCCGGCGGGCGCGGUGCGCGGCGAGGAGAACGAGGCGGCGUUGUCAGUUCCAAGAUGUAAAGCUUUGAAGGAAAUGGAUUUAAUUAAAACGUCUCAGUCAGACUGUUACUGCUACAAUCAAAAAUCCCAAGUGAAAUGGAAGUAUAUAUGGUCAACUAUGCAGGUGAAAAUUACCAGUUCAGGCCCGCUCAGUAUUGUAUAUAUCACAGAAAGAUAUAAUUGCCAGUAUCCAGAAACCGUUCUAUCUAUUAUCAAAUGUGUGAUUCAUAACUUUUGGACACCAAAGGAAGCUAAUGAUAUAACCAUAACCAUCAAUCCAUAUGGGGAGACUGUGUGCUUCUCUGUGAAGCCUGCCAGGAAGAUAUUUAUCUAUACAGUAAGCGUGAAUCGAAACAUUGUGGAUUUCAAACUCUUCCUUGUGUUUGUGGCGGGCAUUUUCCUCUUCUUUUAUGCAGAGACCUUGAGUCAGAGCCCUGUUUUCUUUUACUCUUCGGGGACUAUGCUAGGUAUUCUAAUGACAUUAGUCUUUGUCCUGUUGCUGGUGAAAAAGUUCAUUCCUAAGUAUAGCACCUUUUGGGCUCUAAUGGUUGGUUGUUGGUUUGCUUCAGUUUAUGUUGUGUGGCAACUGAUGGAAGAUCUGAAGUGGCUGUGGUGUGAAAACAGAAUAUAUAUAUUAGGCUACGUCUUGAUAGUUGGGUGUCUCAGCUUUACUGUUUGUUACAAGCAUGGGCCCCUCCUGGAGGAGAGGAGCGUGACCCUCUUGGCGUGGAUGCUGCAGCUCCUCUCCCUGCUCCUGGUCUACGCUGGUGUGGCCAUUCCUCAGUUCGCCUCUGCAGCGACGCUCCUCAUCCUGUCAUCCAAGAUCCUGCACUACCCACUGAGAGCGCUCGCUUGUGUGAGACGGAAAGUGAAGAAAUGGUUUACAUCAGAAAAGCCGGUGGUUAAGUUUCUUACUGAAGAUGAGUACAGGGAACAAGCCGAUGCUGCGACGACCCGUGCCCUGGAGGACCUGCGCCAGGCCUGCUGCAGCCCCGGCUUCCCAUCCUGGCUGGCUGUCUCCAGGCUCCGGGCGCCUAAAACGUUUGCAGACUUUGUUCUUGGAGGAAGCCACUUGUCGCCUGAAGAAAUUAGGCUGCAUGAAGAACAAUAUGGCCUUGCCGGUGCCUUCUUGGAAGAGCAGCUCUUUAACCUGAGGACUCCUGACAGCCUACCUGCACACUGACUUCAUUCUGGACAAGGAAUUGAGGAAGGGCAAGGAUCCUAUUAAAGGUGGGCAGAACUGUACCGGGGAACAGUGGCAAAAGCAUUCACUAUGGAGAAAAAUCAAGUCACACUGGAAAGGAAAACUAAACUGUAUUGAAGAUAACUGAUCCUUCUUGGACGGUUCUGUGUAUUGUACUGUAGGUGGCCACCAAGAUUCUGUGACAGUCAUUACCACUGUCCUUGAAUGAAGACUUUCAUUAGGAACAAAGGGAUCAUGUUGAUCUUCAAGGGGCCAAUUAAAGUGAAUAGGUGCCUUGUCAACUGCAGGGCAUUAAAUCCUCUCUUAAUCCCCAGAAACUGUGUCAGAAGACUCUGCAUUGCUCUUCCUGCGUGUUAUCAAUGUAAGUGCUGGAAGAGACCUGAGAUACACUGGACCAGUAUUUUCCAAAGUGUAGUCCCCAGGAUGCCAAUAAGUGUUAGUAGGUAAAGGAAUCCUGAGGUCAACUAAGAUGGAUGCAUGAUUAAACAAACGUACUGCAGGACUUCUCAGAGCCUUUAAUAAUGCUAAUGCACACUGUGAACCUCCUAAAGAGGAGAAAUUGUGUGCCGCAUUCUCCGACUUAAUUUGACAACAGAACCCUUUUUCAUGAGAUUAAUAUUCCUUGGAACACAUGUUUGGAAAAUGCUGAUGGUGGAGGAAUGGAGGUUUCGGAAGGUUAAAUAACUUGUCCAAGACCACAGGGCUUUGUAGAGGCAGCCCUGGGACUAGAACUCCAGCCCUACUGUUUCCAAUGACUCAGGUAGAAGAAGAGACCUUUAGAAAUGAGGCGCCAUCUCGCCACAGCCUUGGGUCUCACAGUAUUGGUGUGAGGGGCCAUCUCUCCACAGCCUUGGGUCUCACAAUAUUCGUGACUUAUUUUUUAUUCUUUAAUAAUAGCCAACUAACUGUUUGAUAACUGUAAUAAAGAGAAACAUUUCCUAUGGUUAUAUUUUAAAGUUUUGAUAAGACUUUUAUAGACAUAUAUAAAGAUUAGAAUUUAGAAUGACUUUUUACAUUUUUUUGUAUGUUGAAAUUGAAGGCAUUUAACCUCAAGUCGACUGGCCUAUUUUAUUUUAUUUGAUUUGAUUUUUACUCCCUAAAUUCAGGUCUCAAUAGUGUUCACACCUGAAUUUCUACAAUUCUUUUUUUUUUUUUGGCUGCAUUGGGUCUUUCUUUCCUACACGCGGGCUUUCUCUAGUUGCGGCGAGCGGGGGCUACUCUUCGUUGCAGUGCAUGGGCUUCUCAUUGCAGUGGCUUCUCGUUGCAGAACACGGGCUCUAGGCUCACGGACUUCAGUAGUUGUGGCACGCAGGCUCAGUAGCUGUGGCUCGCGGGCUCUAGAGCACAGGCUUAGCAGUUUUGGCGCACAGGCUUAGUUGCUCUAUGGCAUGUGGGAUCUUCCCGGAUCAGGGCUCAAACUCGUGUCGCCUACACUGGCAGGCGGAUUCUUAACCACUGCCCCACCAGGGAAGCCCCUCGACUGGCCUAUUUUAAAAAAUUGUUUAGUUAUACCUGUUUAUAACAAUUUCCUACAAAACAGAUUUGUGAUCUUUCUUAUAGAGAACAAAUCAUUUUUCUUCUUGUGCUUCAUGAUUUUAGACUCCAGAGUGAAAUGAGGGACUAACCAUGAGCUUUGACCCUGAGGAAAGGAGGCCAAAACAUAGGUCUGGGAAAAGAUCUGAACAUGGCAAAACAGUCCAAGGGUUAAGAUGUUGCUAACUUCUCUUUAAGAAUCAAACGCAGGCUCUUUUGCUGUGGUGGGGCCAUAAAGAGUAGCAGCAUAAAGAAUGAGGAAUCUCCCUUUCCUAGAAGGGUUAUGGAGGAGGGACACACAGAUCAUUUGGGCAUCUGCUUUCCGGAACCAAAUUUAGUAUAGCGUUUUUCUAAAUUGUUGAAUAAGAGUGUGGCUGCCUGUUUGGAAUUCUUUAGAUUGAUUUCCAAAUGAUAGUUCCUCUUUGAAGCAGUGUGUCAGUGUUUUACGGGGCUCUGUUUUUGCCAGACACCUUUUAAUAUCAGGAGCUUUGCUAUUUUUGUGAAAUACACUAAAUUUAAUCUGUGCUUUCACGUAGACUUUGAUAUAAAAAAAUCAAAGUAUCUUCCUUUCAGAUUUAUGAAGAUGAUGAUUUUUAUAAGUGUAAACAGUUGUAACAGCGUUUUUGUUAACAGUUUAAUCUGAUUUUUAUUGUUUUGUAAUUCUGUUUAUUGGUGCUAUAUUAUAAACAUAUCAGAUGUGUUUGUGGUUGUGCUCACCAAGAGGCGGUGUGUGUACUACAAAAUGUGUGUGUGCAUAACGUGUGCAGUCUGCUGGAGUUCCCAGGGGACAUCCCAGCCAAGACAGCCACUGGGCCUCACCUGUGCCGGGGUGAACAGGUGCCGACAGUAGAAGAAAGCAGCUCCUGGUGGGUCAACAAGCUAGGUGUAGCUAUUUUUAUUGUGAUUUUUAUUGCAAUAAAAAUAGCUAAAGGAAGAGAAAAAGAGCAACAAGAGGCUUUGGGGAUAUUGUUUUUCAUUUUUACUUUUAGAGGAAACCAUGGAUUUGUCAGUUUCUGUUAUGUGAGUACUGUGAGAAGCUAAAUAAUUAAAAGCAUUGCUUGCGAUAUAUUGGGUGUAUUUCUGUUGUGUUUAUUUGAAUUUGAAUUGGGGUUUGUUGUAGUGCUGAUCAUAGGUCCAGUCCCCAUCAAGCAGUAUGUAUGACAGCUCUUCUAAGAGGUCUUUUUUCUCUCCUUCCCUUCUUCCCUUCCCCUGUCUGUCUAUCCAUCUCUCUCUCUCUCCCCACCACCCCACUCCCUCUCUCCUCUUUUUCUUCAUUUAUUUAAAGGCCUUUAAACAAUUUAAAUGACCAUUCAGUAAAAUGGUUAUACCCUUCACAGGUUGUUGACAGUUGGUUCUGUGCCUCAUGCCACCCUAGGUGUGCAGUUGUGGAGCACAACAGAACCUUUGUUGCGUUAGUGCACCCACGAGGUGCCUCACAGAAGCUCACUGUUGUUAGCAAGUUGGACUGUUUGACCCCAAAACAUAUGAGUGAGAUGUAGUGUAGGUCGCCAUGCUUAAACAGUCAUAGUCAAUGUUAUUUUUUAAAGGUUUUUAAAAAAUAUUUAUUAUUUUUGGCCACGUCGGGUCUUAGUCAUGGCACGCGGGCGCUUUCAUUGCAGCGCGCCAGCUUCUCUCUAGUUGUGGCGCACAUGCUCAGUAGUUGUGGCGCGCAGGCUUAGUUGCCCCGCAUCAUGUGGGAUCUUAGUUCUGCGACCAGGGAUCGAACCCACGUCCCCUGCGUUGGAAGGCAGAUUCUUAACCAGUGGACCACCAGGGAAGUCCCUGUUUUUUAAAGGUUUUAAAACACAUUUUACAUAUCACAAAAAAUGCUUUGUCAAUUAGUUGUAUAGUUUGCCAAUAAUACUUAGAGCUGAAUUACAGGGGAGUGUCCACCUGACAUUUAGAACAACACUUGAA